AUGGAUGUGCUUUCAGUUGUAACAAUCCAAAACUUCGAGAAUUACGAAAGCUUCCAGUGUCUCAGACAUUUCUAUCCGAUGAAUAUGGGUGGAUUUAAAAAUCGCCCGAAGAAUUUUCCGGAAGGGCAUUUAAUGACACUUGAAGAGAAGGUCCUCAGUAAAAUUUUUCAGAUAUUCGGAAACAGUUUUGGGAAAUGUGGCAAAAUAGGAAAAGCGAUGUUCAGAAAAGACAGAUUUUUACGAGAAGAUUACAUAAUUAAUGUUCCGGAAUGGGUAAGCGACGACAAAUGGACAUGGCAGAUAUUAGAGAGAUAUGCUCAGAAAAGGACUCUAAGACGUCCGCAAUGUACGACUUUUAACAAAAAUUGUUAUAAGCAAAAGCAAUCGAUAAGUGGUGCGAAAAAAGAAAUUUAUACAGAGCUGAUUAUUUUGAAAGAACUUUGCUUUCAUUUUUACUUUAACUCACAGCAAGUGAAAUGUGUUGAAAUUGACAGAUUAGUUUUUAAAACGAAUACAACACUUGUUUAA